CCUCGCCGUGGAUGAGGCGCACCAGCCCGAAGCGCACCGAGCCGCGGAUCACUGCUGAGGUAUUGGUGGGGCGGGGGGAACCUCCUAGAGCUUCAUCACCUGGCCAGAACCCUCCCUGAUCCUUGGACAAAUAAGCAGAAGAGUCGGGGGGGGAGGUCGGAUCCCUCGGAGAAGCCCCCCAACUUUUUCCACACAACUCCUGGAAUCCCACCUCGGACAAGCCCACUCUUCCCUGCGGGCUCACAGUCUAGAAGGGGGAGAGGCCAAAAUGUCCCUGGCGAGGGAUUGUGCGCCAGGUCACCCUCCCGGCACGGCCUCCCCGGACGGCCGCCGUCGCCACACUCUUCCGGCCAGCGAGUUCCGCUGCCUGGCCCCGGAAGAUGCCGUCUGCGUGUUCGAGAUCGAGCGGGAAGCCUUCGUGUCAGUAUCGGGUGCCUGCCCCCUGGCCCUGGACGAGAUCCGCCACUUCCUGACGCUGUGCCCGGAGCUGUCCCUGGGCUGGUUUGAGCAAGGCCGACUGGUCGCCUUCGUCAUCGGCUCCCUCUGGGACCAGGACCGACUCACUCAGGAGUCGCUGACGCUGCACCGCCCGGCGGGCAGCACCGCCCACGUCCACGUGCUGGCCGUGCACCGCACCUUCCGCCAACAGGGCAAGGGCCCCAUGCUGCUGUGGCGUUACCUGCAGUACCUGCGAGGGCUGGGCACCGUGCGCCGCGCCCUGCUCAUGUGCGAGGAUGCCCUGGUGCCCUUCUACGAGAAAUGCGGCUUCCGCGUGCUGGGGGCCUGCGCCGUGACGGUGGGUGUUCUGACCUUCACCGAGCUGCAGUGCUCGGUGCAAGCCCACGCCUACCAACGCCGCAACAGUGGUUGCUGAGCCCCGGGCCCAGGCCUGCCCCGGUUGGGGGGGCAAGGUGGAGCCCACGAGGGCGCCUCUCCCCUGCGGGCAGCCAGGGUCUCCAGAGUCACCCUAGCCCUCUAUAAGUUCACUGUGGGCAGGGAAUGUGUCUGUUUACUGUCCUAUUGUACU